GAUUGGUGUCAGAGUUUGAAGCUUGGACGCGACGGACGGUGAGCGACUUUAUUUAAAGUAUCAUUUUGGCAUUCUUUUUUUUUUUUGCACCCUGUUUAGCUGCAAAGUCUCUUUUCUUUUGUGAAACAUGGCAACUGACUGUGCAGCCUGGCUGAACGCAAACCCCGUUGAGGCAGAGGACCUGAGUGACUCCUUGGUAUCUGAAGAGGAAGACGAUACAGGAUUGGUGGUCAACGAAAACAUCAAAAACAAGAUCAACGGCAACUGGUUGUCCUCGGCGAGCAACAGCAUCCAUGAAGCACGUCUCAAGGCGAAGGCCAAGCGGAGGCUGAGAAAGAACUCCUCCAGGGACUCGGGCAGGGGGGAUUCUCUCAGCGACAACGGGGACGUGGUCAGGGGAACCUCGGUGGCGCCCACCAGCCCCAAGGGCAAGCUGCUGGAUAGAAAGUCCCGACUUGGCAAGGGAAGAGGUCUACCAAAGAAGGGUGGGGCUGGAGGAAAAGGUGUGUGGGGCCGAUCUGGAGAAGUUUAUGAAAAGCAGGCGGUCGAUCAAAAAGACCCCAACUUCGACGAAGCUCAGGAAAACUGUGUGUAUGAGACGGUGGUUCCUCCGCUGGAUGAGAGGGACUUUGAGAACACAGUCAUCCCCAUAGUGCAAGAGUACUUUGAACACGGAGACACAAAUGAAGUCGCGGAGCUGCUUGCAGAACUGAACCUGGGACCCAUGCGGAGCGAGGUUCCCUCGUUGGCUGUGUCUCUGGCCCUGGAGGCCAAAGCCAGCCACCGGGAGCUCACCUCCAGGCUGCUGGCGGACCUGUGUGGGCCGGUGCUGUCAUACAGCGACAUGGAAAACUCCUUUGACAAGCUGCUCCUCGAGCUGCCCGAUCUGGUCCUGGAUACACCCGGAGCCCCGCAGUUGGUGGGCCAUUUCAUUGCCCGAGCUGUGAGCGACCAAAUAUUGUCCAAGAGCUACAUCGAGGCCUACAAAGGCCGAGUUGGCUGUCAAUACACAAGAGUGUCACUGGACCGGGCGACAGUGCUGCUGAAGAUGAGUAUGGAGGGCCUCCGCAUAGACAGCAAGUGGGGGCCAGGCGGGGGACAGAGGCCUGUCACACAGCUCAUCAAAGAGAUGAACUUGCUGCUGAAGGAGUACAUCCUCUCUGGAGACGGCAAGGAGGCGGAGAGGUGCCUGAGAGAUCUGGAAGUUCCCCAUUUCCACCAUGAGUUUGUCUAUGAGGCGAUAGUGAUGGUGUUAGAGUCCAAAGGAGAGAAAACAUUGAAGAUGGUUCUGCAGCUCCUGGAGUUGCUCUCUGUGUCCUCGGUCAUCACUCUGGACCAAAUGAAAAGGGGCUAUGAAAGAGUUUAUAUGGAAAUUGCUGAAAUCAACAUUGAUGUCCCUCGUGCAUACCUCAUCCUGGAGCAAUUUGUUGAUCAGAGCUUCAGUAUGGGAAUCAUUUAUGUGAAGUUAAGAGAUCUUUGUCCCUGUCGAGGCCGGAAGAGAUUUGUCAGCGAGGGAGAUGGUGGUGCUGUCAAAGUUUAAAGUUACCGAGGAGCCCUUUGUAUGUGCCAGAAUUCCUGAAAAUAAAAGGAUGAAGCUACUUUUUUACUUGUAUAUUUUAACCCCAAAAAAGUCAGGUACAUUUUUUUCCCUUCUAACAGUCAAAAGAAUGUCAACUUCUGAAACUGAAGUAGGGUACAAAAAUUAACAACUGCACUUUUGCUUGAAACUAAAGUGGAUCACUUUCUUCAAGGUGUUUGAAAUAAACACUUACAUAAGCUAACUCUUAAAGUGCCACAGCUCGCAGUGUAAGUCAUCCCAUGUUGUUUUGUAUUUUCUUGAUUUUAAUCCCAUUCCUCUUGUGUUUUUCGAGAAACCAGUGUUUGUACAGAUAUGACUGGCUUGUGUCAAAAGCUUUAUAAAAGGGGUACAACAAAUAAAGAAAGGGGGUUGGUUAAUUGCAAUACUGGCCCCCAAACUAGCUGCUGUUUCUAUGUUGUGCUGGCUUUUCUUUCUUUAUUUUAACCCUUUUAAAUUACACGAAGAGGUCAUUUAGUAAAGGUAUCAAGACAUGAGUACAGUGCAAAAAUAAAUACCAGUUGGGUAACUUCACAAAAUUGUGUUUUAGAAUGUUUAUUUUUAUAUCCGGGGCAUACUGGUGUUUGUUCAUUAAAUCACUAUUAACACA